AUGCUCAGAGCGCGGGCAAAUCUCCUUCACAGACAAGCGCUUAGAGUAAGCAAUUGGAGGCGAUUUAGCACACAAGACCACGAACAACUCGUCGAAAAGCUUAGGAAAUGGCAAGACGACGCAAAGACACGAGCAAAUACCAAGAUUGCAACAUGGUCGACCUCUGCUCAGCACAACCUUGCACUCCUGGGGUCAAAGAUUAACGAAAUGACGGGAUACACACUCGUAGAGGAGCUGAAAAGACACGUCGUCGAACAGGAGGGACGAAUAGAACAAGCUCGAGUAGCAUCCCGCGAAGCAAAACAAGCGUAUGAAAAGGCCGUUGCAGAGCGCUCCCAGUGCCAACGCGAAGUCAACGAUCUGCUCCAACGAAAAUCAAGUUGGACCGACGCAGAUGUCGUGCGCUUCACCAAUCUAGUCCGUCAGGAUCAUCUCAACGAACAAGAAGAAGCACGAGCAAAGCGUGAAGCCACCAGGACGGAUGAGGCCAUCGAGCAAGAGUUUCAAAACCUGACGAGGGCGAUUCUCAAUCGUUACCAUGAGGAGCAGGUCUGGAGCGACAAAAUACGAAGCGCGUCGACGUAUGGAUCCCUUUUGGCGCUAGGCCUCAACUUGGUUGUAUUCAUCAUGGCAAUCGUCGUAGUUGAGCCAUACAAGCGACGACGAAUGGGGGAGACAUUUGAGAAGCGUGUCGAGGCGCUCUCAUUAGAGUCAAAGGAACUCAUCAACUCUGUUUCGACCCGGAUGGAAUCGCACUUCCAGAAGCAAGAGGAUUUGCUGUCACCGUUGGUAGCCCCUCCUGUUGUUGAGGACUCUCCAGAGGACGAUUCAAAGCCUCAUCGUGCAUACAUAGUCACCAUCCCAGCAGAGAGACGCGAUCAGAUUGCAGCGGCGGCAGGAGCUCUCGCUGCUCUCACCGUCUGCGGUGUCGUAUCUCUAGUCCGAAACAGAUAA